UUUUCAUCGCCGCCCUCAUUGUCUCUGUCUCAAUGUCGCUGCAGCGCGAAGCCAUGAAACGCGCCGCCGCCACUUCGUCGUCCACCGAUGGGUCCGCUCCAGCAGCAGCCUCGUCGUCGCCGUCGUCGUCGUUUGCUAUUCCUGCAGCUGCUCGUCGCCAGUCGCACUUUUCGCCGCUUGGCUGGGAGCACUACUUUGAGUCGUCUGCGCGGGUCUACACGGCGACACCCGGCAAUAGUUUCAGAGUCUAUCGCUUGGGCAGCGUUGGUCCCGUUCUCAUUCUGCUGCAUGGCGGAGGCAUGUGCGCUUUGUCAUGGAGCUUAUUUGCGAAAGAGGUUGCUCGGCUUUGCGCGUGCCGCAUCAUUGCGAUGGAUUUGCGCGAGCAUGGAGAAAGCCACACGACAACACCAGACGACUUUUCGCUCGACGCUAUGGCGCAGGAUGUGGUGCAAGUCUUCAGUGUGCUGUAUCCUAGCGAAAAUCCGCCAACGUUUGUGAUUGGACACAGCAUGGGAGGUGCGAUCGCCACGCACAUUGCUGCCAAAAACAUGAUUUCAUCGCUCGUCGGACUGGUGGUGCUUGACGUCGUUGAGGGCUCCGCGCUGGACGCGUUAUCCUCAAUGACCAAUGUCAUUCGCAAUCGGCCAAAGUCCUUCAAGAGUGUGACCCAAGCUAUUGAAUGGAGCUUGCGAACAGGCCAUACACACAACGUCGAGGCUGCUCGCGUAGCCAUGCCGGGACAGGUCCGUGAAAUUCAUGAUGAUGGGCAAAAUCUGCUCGCCCCGAGCAUCUCGCACAUUCUUGAGGAGGAAGCGGGAGAAUCGAUACUCGGAGCUGCUACAACUGCUUCGGGUGGUCCCACGUAUGUGUGGAGGAUGGAUUUAAGCAAGACGCAACCUUUCUGGUUGGAAUGGUUUACGGGCCUGUCGAACAAAUUCCUCACUGCUCGUGCAUCUAAAAUGCUAAUUCUUGCCGGCAUGGACCGCUUGGAUAAGGAGCUCACGAUCGGUCAAAUGCAAGGCAAGUUUCAACUCGAUAUUCUCCCAGAAUGUGGCCAUUCGCUGCAUGAAGACAAGCCUGAAAAGGUCGGCGGGCUGGUUGCUCAGCAUCUCGUGCGCCAUCGCUUUGCAGACCCGACCACUGCCUACAGCGCUGCAAAGUUUAGCGCUGGCAUUCCGCCUCGACCAGUGCAACACAAUGCGUAACAGAGAGCGGGCCUUUUUUUUUUUUCCUUGCUGGACACAAAGUCAAAAAUACUGAAACUUUUGAA